CACAAUAAGGAUAUCAAACUGCUGGUUAAUUGCGUAGUCACUCCCAUAAGUCAGGUGUCAUGACCCGUGAGGAGGAGAUGCUAGACUGGGAAGGACCCCAGGAAUUUUAUGCCAAAUAUGAUCCAAAGGAUAUUCUUGGCCGGGGUGUUAGCAGUAUUGUCAGGCGCUGUAUCGAGAGGAAGACAGAAAUAGAAUAUGCUGUAAAGGUUAUUGACAUCACAUCUGAGCAUCUGACUCCAGAGGAACUGGAAGAGAUUUGUACAUCCACUGCACAGGAAAUCAGCAUCCUUAAGCAGGUCUCAGGGCACCCACAUAUAAUUUCACUCAACGAUUGCUAUGAGUCAUCAAGCUUCUACUUCCUGGUGUUUGAUCUGAUGAAGAGAGGAGAGCUAUUUGACUACCUGACAGAGAAGGUUACCUUGAGUGAAAAAGAGACCAGAAACAUCAUGCGAGCACUGCUCGAGGUGGUUAAGUUCCUCCAUUCCAAGAACAUUGUACACCGAGACCUCAAGCCUGAAAAUGUCCUGCUUGAUGAUAACAUGAACAUCAAGUUGUCUGACUUUGGAUUUUCAUUACAACUUGAACAAGGCAAAAAACUGCGAGAACCAAACAGAAACAGCAGAAAUGGUGCAUUACUGCUUGGUAUGGCAACUGCUCUGCCCAGGACCUAAGAAACUACGGAAAGUUGUGUGCACCGCCCAGACCACCAAAGAAGCCAACCUCCAUCUAUGGACUCCAACCCCCAACCUCCAUGGACUCCAUCUACACUUCUUGUUGCUGCAGAAAGGCCGCCAACAUCAUCACAGACCCCGCCCA